AUGGCAAAGACAAAGACCACGGUCAAGAAAUACAAGACCAGAGCCGCAAAGCGCCGAGCCGAGUGUCGCGCAAAUAAUCUUCCCCUCCCACCUCCCAGAACCGUUUUCCUAGCUCCAAGAGCCAUGGUUUGGCUCACCGCCAAGGAGAAGCGCGUUUACACCAAGACGUACAAGUGGACCAUGGCCAUGCAAAGCUUCAAAGUCGGUCGUCGUUGGCCAAAAGUUCUCGAACAAUACGCCCAGUUCCCAUUAGCUCAUUUGGAUCGCAAGUUGUACAAGAACUACGGCUCGAUCAGAGAUAAACUCUCGGUUUCUCGAGACCAACUGGAUGAUAUGGAGGGAGAGCAAGAUGAUCGUCGUGCUGCUAUGUUGGCUAGGCGCGCUGCCAAUAAGGCAAACCGCAAAUAA